AUGGUCAAAGCUAUCGGUAUCGAUUUGGGAACCACCUACUCGUGUGUCGGUGUCUGGCAGUCCGACCGUGUCGAGAUCAUCGCCAACGACCAGGGUAACCGUACCACCCCGUCGUACGUUGCCUUCAACGACUCGGAGCGUCUCAUCGGAGAUGCCGCCAAGAACCAGGUCGCCAUGAAUCCCUACCACACCGUCUUCGACGCCAAGCGUCUGAUCGGGCGCAAGUUCGCCGACGCCGAGGUCCAGGCCGACAUGAAGCACUGGCCCUUCAAGAUCAUCGACAAGGGAGGCAAGCCUAUCAUUCAGGUUGAGUACAAGGGCGAGGAGAAGCAGUUCUCCCCCGAGGAAAUUUCGUCCAUGGUCCUCAUCAAGAUGAAGGAGACCGCCGAGGCCUACCUUGGUGGAACCGUCACCAAGGCUGUCGUCACCGUCCCCGCCUACUUCAACGACUCUCAGCGUCAGGCCACCAAGGACGCUGGGUUGAUCGCGGGUCUCGACGUGCUCCGUAUCAUCAACGAGCCCACCGCCGCCGCCAUUGCCUACGGUCUCGACAAGAAGGGCGCGGGUGAGAAGAACGUUCUCAUCUUCGACCUCGGAGGUGGAACGUUCGAUGUCUCGCUCCUGACCAUCGAGGAGGGUAUCUUUGAGGUCAAGGCGACCGCCGGAGACACCCAUCUCGGUGGUGAGGACUUUGACAACCGUCUCGUCAACCACUUCGUCCAGGAGUUCAAGCGCAAGAACAAGAAGGACUUGUCCUCCAACGCUCGUGCCCUCCGUCGUCUCCGCACCGCGUGCGAGCGUGCCAAGCGUACCCUCUCCUCGGCCGCCCAGACCUCCAUUGAGAUCGACUCUCUCUUUGACGGUGUCGACUUCUACACCUCCAUCACCCGUGCCCGUUUCGAGGAGCUCUGCCAGGACCUCUUCCGGUCCACCAUGGACCCCGUCGAGAAGGUCCUGCGCGACUCCAAGAUCGACAAGGCGUCCGUCCACGAGAUCGUCCUCGUCGGUGGUUCCACCCGUAUCCCCAAGAUCCAGAAGCUCGUCUCGGACACCUUCUCGGGUCGUGAGCCCAACAGGUCCAUCAACCCCGAUGAGGCCGUCGCCUACGGUGCCGCCGUCCAGGCCGCUAUCCUUACCGGUGACACGUCCGAGGCCACCCAGGACUUGCUCCUCCUCGACGUUGCCCCCCUCUCCAUGGGUAUCGAGACCGCCGGCGGUAUCAUGACCCCCCUCAUCAAGCGCAACACCACCGUCCCCACCAAGAAGUCCGAGAUCUUCUCGACCUACUCGGACAACCAGCCCGGUGUGCUUAUCCAGGUCUACGAGGGAGAGCGUGCCAAGACGAAGGACUGCAACUUGCUCGGCAAGUUCGAGCUUUCUGGUAUCCCACCAGCACCUCGUGGUGUUCCUCAGGUCGAGGUCUCGUUCGACGUCGACGCCAACGGAAUUUUGAACGUCUCUGCCGCCGACAAGACCACCGGAAAGUCCAGCAAGAUCACCAUCACCAACGAGAAGGGUCGUCUUUCCAAGGAGGAGAUUGAGCGCAUGCUCGCUGAGGCCGAGAAAUACAAGGCCGAGGACGAGGAGGCUGCGUCCAGGGUCACCGCCAAGAACGGUGUUGAGUCCUACGCCUUCUCCCUCAAGAACACCCUCUCCGAGAACGGCGACAAGUUCUCCGCCGAGGACAAGGAGGCUCUCGACAAGGCCGUCAACGACACUGUCCAGAAGCUCGAGACAAUGGAGACCGCCAGCAAAGAGGAGUUCGAGGAAUUGCAGAAGGAGCUCGAGGCUGUCGCCAACCCCGUCAUGCAGCGGUUCUACGCUUCCAGCGGUGGUGCUCCCGGCGGUAUGCCCGGUGGCGGUGCGGCCCCGGGUGGCUUCCCAGGUGCCGGUGCCGGUGGCAACGAUGGUCCUUCGGUCGAAGAGGUGGACUGA